CUACACCUGGCCAGUUUCGCGCGGUGGGCGUUGCGGAAUCUGCAUUAUGCCAAUGAGGGGGCGUGCGCGCGCGUGGAGGCAGUGAUGUGACGUCAGGUCCAGCCUCGCGGACGCGGAGAGAGCGCAACAAACAUGGCGACAGAGCGGAGCGGACAGAGGUGUCUUCUAACUUUCGUCGUGGUCAUCUGGAGCUCUGUCGGAGGGCGAACGGAGACGCCCGGCACCCAGAUCCUGGGAAUGCGAUUGGAGCGGAGCGAUAAGGCGGCCGGGACGACGGAUGACGGCAUCAUCCAGGUAACGGAGGAGAGCAGCGUACUGCUCAGGUUUUAUGGGAUACACCUGAGUCCGGACGCAUCGUCCCACAUCAGGUUUACGGAGUACGCGGAUGCGAGUGACAGUGACGCGUUGAAUAGGACUUGUGAGGAUUUUACCAAAGACUUGAGCAUCAGCAGCUUUAUGAAUGUGAGCAGCAGGGGUACGUCAGGUUUGGUGAGUGUGUAUGUAAAGCCACUGCGUAGAAGUGAGCACGAGAAGACUUACAGCUUGUGCGUCAGACAGGGUUCUGAUGAUAAAUGGUACCUUUCGGAUGAUCUUGAUGGUAGGUUGGUGGUUGUGGAGGAGAAAGCAUCUCUACUACCUCUUUGGCUCCAAGUCAUCUUGGUGUUGUUCCUGCUGGUGCUGUCCGGCAUGUUCAGUGGACUUAACCUGGGACUCAUGGCUUUGGAUCCAAUGGAGCUACGGAUCGUGCAAAGAUGUGGCACCACUAAGGAAAAGAAGUACGCGAGUAAAAUCGAGCCCAUCCGAAGCAAGGGGAACUAUUUGCUCUGCUCCUUAUUGCUGGGAAAUGUGCUUGUUAACACCACAUUGACCAUUCUGUUAGAUGAUUUGAUCGGGUCUGGGUUGGGCGCAGUGGCGGCCUCAACAGUCGGCAUUGUGAUAUUUGGAGAAAUCGUGCCACAGGCCCUGUGUUCGCGCCAUGGUUUGGCUGUGGGUGCCAACACCAUUGUGUUAACCAAGUUUUUCAUGUUACUCACAUUUCCGUUGUCAUUUCCAGUCAGCAAGCUCCUGGAUUGUGCCCUUGGGCAGGAGAUUGGCACCGUGUACAACCGAGAGAAGCUGCUGGAGAUGCUGAAGGUCACCGAGCCAUACAAUGACCUGGUCAAGGAGGAGCUGAACAUCAUACAAGGUGCCCUAGAACUCCGAACUAAGACUGUAGAGGACAUCAUGACGCCUCUCAGUAACUGCUACAUGAUGCCCACCGACGCUAUUCUCGACUUUAACACCAUGAGUGAGAUCAUGGAAAGCGGUUACACACGGAUACCGGUGUAUGAAACGGAAAAGUCCAACAUCGUAGAUAUUUUGUACGUCAAAGACUUGGCUUUCGUUGACCCGGACGACUGCACGACACUUAAGACGGUCACCAAGUUUUACAACCACCCUAUCCAUUUUGUCUUCCAUGAUACCAAAUUGGAUGCAAUGUUGGAAGAGUUUAAGAAAGGUAAAUCCCACCUGUCUAUCGUUCAAAAGGUAAAUAGUGAAGGUGAGGGAGAUCCGUUUUAUGAGGUUCUGGGUCUGGUCACACUGGAGGACGUUAUCGAAGAGAUCAUCAAAUCGGAGAUCCUGGAUGAGUCUGAUCUUUACACUGACAAUCGUCACAGAAAAAAAGUGAAUCCCAACAAGAACAAGAGGGAUUUUUCCGCGUUCAAACAUGAAAGCGAAUCCAAGGUGAAAAUUUCCCCUCAGCUGAUGUUGGCCGCACAUCGAUUCCUUGCCACAGAAGUGAGUGUUUUCAACCCCCUGCAGAUCUCGGACAAGGUUUUACUGCGAAUCCUAAAACACCCCGAUGUGAUUCAGGAGGUCAAGUUCAUUGAAAGUGACAAGUACUCACAACAGCACUAUUUAUAUCAGCGUGGAAAACCUGUCGACUGUUUCAUCCUCAUUCUUCAGGGUCGGGUGGAAGUAGAGGCAGGUAAUGAGAAUAUGAAGUUUGAGGCGGGCCCUUUCUCAUACUAUGGAGUUAUGGCGUUGACUAUGCCAUCACUGGCUGUCACUCCCCCACUCUCUCCUUCUGUGGUGUCGCCUCGUGUACGUCGCCUAUCGCUUAAGAGAUUUUCUGUGUUCUCUCGCUUUCCAGAGUUUCGCUCCCCGUCUCAUCUGAGUGGUUUGAAUCGUUCAGCGUCUCUGAGUUACACUGAAAGAGUCGACUCGCUGUCCAUCAGUGGCAGUAACAGUCAGCUCAACAACAGCCCGUCUACACAAUACAUCCCUGACUUUAACGUGCGAGCCCUCACAGACCUACAGUUUGUCAAGGUCACUCGCUCGCAGUACCAAAACGGUCUCCUGGCGUCAAAGCUGGACAGCACCCAGCAGUCUCCCGAUAGCAGCCAAACCCGAUUGGAUACCGGACCGCUACCAUCAUCUACACCUCCCAUACCUCCCAUCACCGUGAGCCACACAACAGCGCUGUCGCCGCCCAAAGAGAACGGCCCCGAUGAGACGACCUCGCUGCUCAAUGACAAAAACAGCCUGUCUAAACGUCGGCCCAGCCAGAAUGUCAACACUAACUCCAGCCCUAUCCCUCACAGUCACUCCAAUCCUUAUACCCCUGGCAACAGAAGCCCAACGUUCUUCCCCAACCCUCACACGCGCCCACACGCUCCCGUCCACACCAUCGCGCAUACCAACGCGCAUACAGAGAGUACCAUUUGACGAAAAUAAUCUGGGGCUCUGUCGUGCAGGGCUCCAGAUGUGACCGCAUGCAAUCGCAUUACCAAGCGAGUCCGAGUCAAGACCAUCGAGUCCACAUCCAGGACUUGGUCUUGACUAAGACUCGACUACAGCAACCGAGCAUGAGCAUGAAUACUGGUGAGGAUGUGUUUUGGAAAACUUCUCAUUCCCUUCUUCCGAUCAUGUUGGAAACGAAUUUUUUUCGAAAUCUACACUCCGAUCUUUCGAUAUGAAUUGAAGGAAUUAAAAAAAAACGAAACGUCAGUACGUUGUGCGUACUGUUCCUUUUCUUCACCUAGCGUUAGAUGUCAAAAAAAGUGCAUUAUUUUCAGCGUUAAUAAUUUCACUGUGAUUUUUAGGGACUGCGGGUUCAGCCGGAAGUUAAGUUGUUCACGAAUAGUUAUGGUGACUUAUGUUUUAUUCAGGCCUCUGUCUGUCUGUUGUUGCAUGGUAUUUAUUUAGAUGUAUAAUAACACUCCUCGCUUAAAGUUUCCUGGUGUGUAUUUGGCAUGCGACCUGUAGCGAUGCCCUUAGCAAAACGUGGCAUUAUACGUGUACGUUUCAUCAGUAUGUAACAUAAUAUUAUUGUACAAUAAGCACUUUUUAUAAUGUCUCUGACCCAAAUGCAUACGUUUAUUCGUAUGCUGUUGUUUUUUGAAGGGAUUUUGGACAUUUAAGAGAAAUUUGAGACUCCAUGGGAAGUCUGUGGAAUUGGUAAAGUUUGUAGACGUCACCUUUAGCACAAACUGUAUUCCUUUCAAAGAGAAAGUUUUGCCAAGUUCAUUGGUGAAUUUUGCUACAUGACGUAGCGUUGUGAUAUUGUAGCUCUACGUGACAAACGUGAAGGCAAGCUUUGUAAAUAUAGAAAUUUGCUGACGCAGGCGAGAUUUGGAGAACUCGGUGGAACAAUGCGGUCCACGUAGCACAGACCACAACAAAAUGGCAAGCUAUUGCUAUUGCGUAACCAUUGAUAUAAAAUACAAAAUAUGACAUAUUAUUUAAAUGUGUGUGUAUAUAUAUAUACACAAGUAUUUAUUUUGGUAUCUUUAUUUGAUCCAUACAUGCAGCUGACAACUUGUAUAGUAUACAAUAACAAUAUUUUUGAAGAAUGAUGUCAUUCUUUUUUUCAAAGUUAAAAUAACACCACCACCAAUAUAAAAACACUGCGGGUAAACAAGUCUGAGUCAGAUUUCACACAAAAAUUACGAGUAACUAAUGACACGUAAUGUUUUGCCCAAAGAUAAACAUAUUUAUUGUAAUGUGACACUAUUCUCAUGAUCACAUUUCCAAAGAAUUUCUUUAUACUGUAAUUAUGUCUGAUAUCUUAAGGUUGUUUUGUAAUUGCUUAGUAACUUCCAGUACAGAAAAUACAACAUUUUUUUUAUAAAAUCAGAAUAAAGACUGUACAACAAAUAUAAAAAUUAUGUAGAAAUAUUAUAAUGUUUCAUUUAACCAUUUGAAUGUUGCGUUCAAAUGUGACACAUGUGUUUCUGAUCAUUUUUCUCUGUUUAAAUCAGAAAACAAUUAAAUGCAUCUCUGUCUUCAGAAACAGGCCAGCAUUACAGGUGCUUUACGAAACAUGACACUGUAAAUUGAAGUGAAAUUGUAAAUUUCAUUUUGAUUCUAUUACCCGUUUGCAGACAGAAAUAGAAAUAUCUCAUCUAUUAUGUGAUGACAUCAUCAUUACUGCACUAGACUUCAAAUCAAUCAGAUUUCAAAUGAAUACGUGUUUUUUCAUAAAUUAUAUUAAUUUCCCAAUGUUGGAGAAUAUAAAAAAUAAUUUAUUUGGUCAAAGUUGAUAUGGAUUACAAUUGGGCCAUUCCACCGAACUGAUGAAAUUUCUGUCCCCCAGACAUUAUGGGGCGGUUUCCCGAACAGGGGUUAGACUAGUCCUAAACUCAAGCUGAAAAACUGAAAACAACUGACAUAUCUUAAAAUACUUCAGUACCCUUUGUUUUGCAUCAAAAUGCUCACAAGUAAUGUUUUUAGUAAGGCAUGUUUGUUAAAAUAAUUAAACUUAGGCCAAGUCUAGUCUUAAGGUAAUGCGUCCGGGAAAUCACCCCUCAGUGUAUAAAAUUGCGAGAAAAUUUACUCUCAAAUACUUUUUAUUAUUAAACGGUGUCCUUCACGUAACCUAACUGUAAAUUUAUAAAUUAAAACCUUAACAAAAACUUUGUAGAACACCGACAAAAAUAGCAUUUGUUGUGUGUCCCUAUUCUCUAUUUCUAUACCUUAAAGGUGCAGUGUGUAAAUUUUAGCAGCAUCUAGUGGUGAGGUUGCGAAUUGCAACCAACGGCUCGCUCACCCUUCGCUUUUGAAAUGCACAGAGAAGCUACAGUAGCCACCACUGAAAAACAUGUCAUCGACGGAGACAACUUAGUAAAAAAAUUAAGGGCUUCUGUAGAAACAUGGCAUUACAAAAUGGCGACUUCCAUGUAAGGGGACCCUCAGUGUAUGUAGAUAAAAACGUCUCAUUCUAAUGUAAUAAAAACAUAACGGUUCAUUAUAAAAAGGCCUUUAUACACCCCUGGUAAUAUUGUUUUGUAUAUUAUUUUGCAUUUCUGUCAAGAGAUCCUUUAAAAAAUUACACACUGCACCUUUAAAUGACCUUUUCUAAACCUUAAUUUUUCUCUUUUUUUGCAUUUUUGUGUGGCUGCAUAUCCUAUCUUUGCUUUAAAGGUGCAGUGUGUAAUUUUUUAAUGAUCUCUUGAUAGAAAUGCAAAAUAAUAUACAAAACUAUAUUAUCAGGGGUGUAUAAAGACCUUUUUAUAAUGAACUGUUAUGUGUUUAUUAACUUGGAACAAGACCUUUUUAUCUACAUACACCAAGGGUCCCCUUACAUGGAAGUUGCCAUUUUGUGCCGCCAUGUUUCUACAGAAGCCCUUAACGGACGAUUUUUUUUACUAAGUUCUCUCCGAUGAUGACAUGUUUGUCCGGUGGCGGCUACCGUAGCUUUUCUAUGUGUUUCAGAAGCGAGGGGUGAGCAGCGGACUGAGCCUUUGGUUGCAAUUCGCAACCUCACCACUAGAUGCCGCUAAAAUUUACACACUGCACCUUUAAAUAUUUUUUAUUUUAUCCCCAGGUUUUCACAUGUAUGUGCUAAGUCCAUUCUAAAAACUCUGCCUUGUUACUUUAAGUCCUGUAACUAAAAUGCGUCCAUCUUCAUGCAUUUUUAGGAGCUUGUUUUGUCAUUCCCAUAUGUGUUUUAUUAGAUUCAGUAGAUUCAAUUUUGACAAGUUUCAACAUGCUAAUGGCACUGAUUCGGUGAAAUGUCCCUAUUUUUAUUUAUGUUUUACUUGGUAAACUAUUAAAUUAAUUACUGUAUAUGUGUCUGAUAAGUUGUGUAUCAUUUUGUUGCCUUUCUAGUUGACCUAAACUAAAGCAAUAAAUUGUUUAUUUUUUAAGAUAUUUAAUGUUCUAUUGCACAGUGAGAGACUAAAUAAGUUGGAUUUUACCUCAACUGACAUUUUCAUGUAUAAAAUAUAACUAGUAUUUAGUUUAAAUGAAACCAAAAUAUGAAGAUGGGCGUUCAAGCUCAAACUUUGUGUACAGUAGUGAAGAUGUUGUAUCAUUACCAAAGUUGGAACACUAAAUGAAAUUAAAUGUAUGAGAAAUAUGUCAGCCAAAGCCUUUGCACUUUUUUUUCUAUUUUAAUUCCUGUGGUGUUUUCAGUUUGUGCUUUUGUAUGGCGGGGGACCUCCGAACGAAUGAAAUUCCUUUGAAAGGCAUGUUGGGCUUUUAAUCCAUGUCAGUAAUCUGCUUUUAAUGAUCAUGAUUUUUUUCUCUUGUGAAACUUAACAGAAGGGAAGUUUGACUUUCGUGUCUCUGGCUUUUCCAAAGGAGUGUCUCCUGUUUGUUCAUUGCACCACAGUGGAGGUUAAAGAUUGUAAAUGUGCGUCUUUAGGAAACGGUUAUUUCCACUGUGUAUUAUUUACUUUUUUGAGGUCAUUAUCUAUAAGUUGCCCUUUUAGCAGAUCUUGCACAACAUGCCAAGCCCUUUGAGAUGUUUGUUUUGGGUUCACUACAUAAUGAAUAACACAGUUGUCUUCCAUUAAUAAGUCAUGUUUCCUGCUGGAAUUCAUUGGCACAGUUUCUUCUUAAAUGUCCUGCCAUUUUUUUCCUUUUAAACAACUAAAAUUAUUUCAUUACACGUAUGGGUUCUUGCUAGAGGGGAUACAGCUACGGCCAAAUCUCGCGAGAUGUUGGGUUUAGGGGUAGAAUUACGAUAAAAACAACGGUUUUGGUUAGAUUGGAUAUAGCUACGGCCUAAAUCCCGUAAAAAGUUUGGUUUAGAUUAGGUUUGGGGGUAGGAUUAGGAUUAAAACAGCAGUUUACCCCGUCGAGAUUUUAGGAGAUUUUGGCCGUAGUUGUAUCCCUUCUAGCCACGACAACAUGUAUGAUGAAUGGUUGUGGUGUAGCAUAUGAGAAAUGUAUUUCAUAACUCACUGGUUUUUUUUAUUAUUUAUAAAGCUUUCCGUUUUGUGUUUUGUCGUCUUUUUGAUUGCUCUUUUUACAAAAAGCUCAUGUACUGUACUUCAAUGAAAUCUAGCUCCUAUUUAAAACAACGUGUAUGGUAUUUUAUAUUUGUUUUGGAAUCUGUUAAUUAUGGUAAAUCUAAGAGACAUGUUUCUUUAUUAAAAAGCCUCUUUUCA